GGGGCGGCCAAAACCCUGGAGCCGGCCCUGCUCCUCCAGGGUAAUCUUGAGCUCUUCUGCUACUCUGAUAAACAAGUCUUGAAAGUGAGUGAGCUCAUGAGUAGCGGGAGGUGGUGGGGGUACCAUGGCAUCUUGUGGUGUUAUCGCUAUAGAAGAGGUGUGUGGGGCAGUGUCCUCUGUGGGUGUGGCGGCCACUUCAGGUCUUAUCUGGGUUUCAGUGUAAGCAGGCAGUGCGGCGGGUCUGACAGCUUUCCUCCGGGCAGCCCGCAGAAGACCUGAGUGUGGUGUGGUGUAGAUCCAUGGACCCCAGUGUGGCCAUUGCCCCGUGGGGGGUACAGGUGGUCCCAUCCAGGGAUUGCCAUACCAGUGUGGAUAGCUUUGAGGACAUGGAGAUCAUGCUGUAAUGUGUCUCCCAGUUGUAGGUGCUGGGUGUCAUGAUUGGCGUUGGUGUUUCCAUGUUGCUCGUCGCCACCUUGAUCCUGGUGCUGGUCCGCAGGCGGCACCUCAAGAGUGUCCCAGUCCACCUCCUCCCUUGUGGACACAACCAUCUCCAGCACCUCCCGGCCCCGCAUGAAGAAGAAGCUCAAGAUGUUGAACAUUGCCAAAAAGAUCCUGCGCAUCAAGAAGGAGCUGCCCAUCCUGCAGCUGAAGGAGCCGCCGCCCUCAGUGCUGGAAGCGGAUCUGACUGAGUUUGACGUGGCCAACUCCCACUUGCCGUCCGAGGUGCUGUACAUGCUGAAGAACGUCCGGGUGCUGGGCCAUUUUGAGAAGCCGCUGUUCCUGGAGCUCUGUAAGCACAUGAUCUUCCAGCAGUUCCUACAGGGCGAGUACGUCUUCCGGCCCGGCCAGCCCGGCACCAGCAUCUACGUGGUGCAGGAUGGCAAGCUGGAGCUCUUCCUGACCCAGCAGGACGGGAAGGAGACCCUGGUGAAGGAGGUGUUCCCCGGGGACAGCGUGCACAGCCUGCUCAGCAUUCUUGACGUCAUCACGGGGUACCAGCGGCCAUACCGGACAGUGUCUUCGCAGGUGGCCGAGGACUCCACAAUGCUGCGGCUGCUGGUCGAGGCCUUCUCUGCCGUCUUCGAGAAGUACCCCGAGAGCCUGGUGUAGGUGGUGCAGCGGACAUUGCCCGGAACCUGGGCCCCAAAUCAGUGGUUGCCAUUGACAUGGGCAGUCAGGACGAGACUGACCUCUGCGACUACGGGGACAACCUCUCAGGCCGGUGGCUGCUGUGGAAACGCCUCAGUCCCUGGGCCCAGAAGGUUAAGGUGCUCGACAUGGCGGAGAUCCAGUCGCGUCUGGCCUAUGAGUCGUGUGUGCGCCAGCUGGAGGUGGUAAAGUCGAGCUCCUACUGCGAAUAUAUUUGCCUGCCCAUCGACCGCUUCAAAAUCAUGGACUUUGGCAAG